UUGUACUGACCACAGGAACCCCAGACCACAGCCCCCACGCAAAGCUCAGGCGCCAUUUUGGAAAAGUCUAAAAGUUUACAUCAAUUUUCUUGCUUCAAUGAUGGAUCUCUUCGAUGAUCUCCCUCCUCCAAGUAAUGACGUGAGUUCCACUAGUACAAGUACUGUAUCAUCAGGAGAGGUUCAGACUACAUGUGGAUGUAGUCUUGUGGAUACUAGUGUUGUACAGGACGAUGUAAAACAUAAUAAGAGAUACAUUAACCAAAAAGAGCAGGAAACUGAUGCUAAACGACGGAAAAAAGAGCAUUUCAAAUUGAAAGGAUUCGUGGCUGAAAGGAAAGGAGAACGAGAAGACAUGCAAGAUGCUCACAUUAUAAUUGAUGACUUCAUGUCAUCACUAGAAAAUCCACCUGAGAAUGUUGGCAGGAUGGCAUAUUAUGCAGUGUUUGAUGGACACGUAGGACCCAGAGCUUCUCAAUUUGCAGCUCAACAUUUACAUCUUAAUAUCAAGUCCAAGAUGAUAAAAGCCAGUGUACUAGGCAGUGAUAGAGAAAUGAAAAAAUGUCUUGUGGAUUCAUAUUCUUUGACUGAUGAACAGUUUUUGAAUGAAGCUUCUAAAGAGACUCCUGUUCUUAAAGAUGGUUCUACUGCAGUAUCUGUUCUUGUUGUGGAUGAUACUUUGUAUGUUGCAAACCUUGGUGACAGUAAGGCUUUACUUUGUCGUUUGAAUGAUCAAGGCAAGAUAUCUGUUAUACCAUUAAGUAAAGACCACUCUCCUGCAGAAUAUAAUGAACGAAUGAGAAUUCAAAAAGCUGGAGGUACAGUUAAGGAUGGCCGUGUCCAGGGGAUAUUAGAAGUAUCACGUUCAAUAGGUGAUAGGCGGUUUAAACACUGUGGUGUGAUUUCUACUCCUGAUAUAAAACGAUGUACAUUAACAGAUAAUGAUAAGUUUAUUCUCUUGGCAUGCGAUGGAUUGUGGAAAGGGUUUUCAGUGGAUAGUGCUGUGAAGUACAUUCAUAAUAUUAUCAAUAAUGAAACAGCACCUCUUCAACAAAAGUCAGAAAAAGAUAAAGCUGAUGUCAAUGAUGAUCUGAAGAUGGACCCAGCAUCAUAUCAGUUCCAGUUAGCAUGUGACAGUAUUGCAAGUGAUGCCAUUAGGAAUGGAAGUUCAGAUAAUGUUACAGUAAUGCUAGUGUCAAUCAAACCAUCAUAACCAAUGUUUCCCUAUCACACAUUAGUAUGCUAUAGCCAUCUUCAUUUUUUUGCACAAAUUGGAAAAAUGGGUUCAUAUUUGAAAACAUUUAUCUGUAUAAACUUUCACUCAAUUUACUUGAAGCUCUCAAAUUUAAUUUCUGAUAAUGCCUUAUUUCAUAAUAACGUCACAUCAAAACAAACUAUUGUUUUAACUCUAGAGAUCAUGGUCGCUGGAGGGGGAUGGAAUGAMAACAACACAWCUUAAAUCACAAUGAAAUUUGGUUUAUGAGCUGGUGAAGGCAAGAACAACUAAAUAUUGUGCUAAAUAUCUCGAAAGAAGAGAAUUAAGCUUAAAUUUAGCCUAAAUUUCUAAAAAUUUAGCUGAUGUAAACAAACCGUGAUAUUAUUAUGAAGUAGGGCAAUUUGCCAUGUUCUCACCAUGUUCUCACCUUUAUGGGUUUCCUGUGGUAGUAACCUUUAACAAUCACCUCUUCACCCCGUUUUAAAAAACCUGACCCACCCCUGGCUAUAUGCCCCUGGUUGCCUUCAUUAUGAACACACAACCUUAACCUAACACCAUCUUCAAGAUUUAUUUGUUACCAGGACAGACAUUCAGUGUAAAAAUCUUUGUAAAUUUGAAUGCUAGUGCCAUUAAAAUAUAUUCCAGUAAUUUUCAUUGCAA